GACUGUCAUUUGACGCCAAACGGGCGUCGCAUCAAGUUGUCGGAGAUCCCGGUUCCAAUUCGUAUAGUUUAUAGCAUUAAGAAAUGGCGUAUCAUCAUCCCAUGCUGCUGCUACUCCUGCUGCUGGGCGUGCCCAGCCUGAUCCUGGGCAAGGAUCAGCCGGCGCGCAUUGUGUGCUACUUCAGCAACUGGGCCGUCUACAGGCCGGGCAUUGGACGCUAUGGACUGGAGGAUGUGCCCGGAGAUCUGUGCACGCAUCUGGUGUACUCCUUUAUAGGCGUGGACGAGAAGAGCUGGGAUGUGCUGGUCAUCGACCCGGAGCUGGACGUCGAUCAGGAGGGCUUUCGCAAGUUUACGCAGCUGCGACAAACCCAUCCCAAGCUGAAGCUGCAGAUAGCCGUCGGCGGCUGGGCGGAGGGAGGCGCGAAGUACUCGAAAAUGUCGGCGGUGCGCGAGCAUCGGCAGAGCUUCAUCCGCAGCGUGGUGCAGUUCAUGCGGGAGUAUGACUUCGAUGGCUUCGAUCUGGACUGGGAGUACCCGGGCGCCACAGAUCGCGGCGGCAGCUUUGGCGACAAGGACAAGUUCCUGUAUUUCGUGCAGGAGCUGCGACGCGCCUUCGAUCGCGAGGGCCGAGGCUGGGAGAUCACGAUGGCCGUGCCCGUGGCCAAGUUCCGACUUCAGGAGGGUUACCACGUGCCCGAGCUGUGCGAACUGCUGGAUGCCAUUCACGCCAUGACCUAUGACCUGCGCGGCAACUGGGCAGGCUUCGCGGACGUCCACAGUCCGCUCUACAAGCGCAAGCACGAUCAAUACGCCUACGAGCGACUCAAUGUGCACGACGGCCUGGCCUUGUGGGAGGAGAUGGGCUGUCCGGCUAAUAAGCUGGUGGUGGGCAUCCCGUUUUACGGACGCACCUUCACGCUGAGCAACUCGAACAAGAACUACAACAUGGGCACGUACAUCAACAAGGAGGCGGGCGGCGGUGCGCCCGGGCCGUAUACGAAUGCGAGCGGCUUUCUGGCCUACUAUGAGAUAUGCACCGAGGUGAUGGACAAGUCGAAGGGCUGGACCGUCGAGUGGGAUGAGGCGGGCAUGGUGCCCUAUACCUACAAGGAUACACAGUGGGUGGGCUAUGAGAACGAGGCCUCGGUCCAGAUCAAAAUGGACUUCAUCAGGGCCAAGGGCUAUGCCGGCGCCAUGACCUGGGCCAUUGACAUGGACGACUUCCAUGGACUGUGCGGCCCCAAGAACGCCCUCAUGCAGAUACUCUACAACAAUAUGCGGGACUAUCGCGUGCCGGAGCCAACGCGCGAGACAACGCCGCGGCCUGAGUGGGCCAAGCCACCCUCGACUUCACCCAAUCCCGACGAGGCGGUCAGCAAUGUGCGGCCCACGACGACGACCCGUAAACCGAAGCCAAAACCCACCUCAACGGCAGUUCGCCCCACGUCAGCUCCAGCGCCAGCUGUGCCCAGCACCACCGAGAAACCCACCACAAAGAAACCCAAGAAGCCCAAGACAACCACAACAACGACCACAACCACGACUGAAGCGCCCGAGUUAACCGAGGAGCCCGAACCGAUUGUAGAUCCCGAGGAGAAUGCCACGACUGGAGUUGAGUUUGAUCCCAGCGAAAUUGAUUGCACCAAUCGCGACUUUGUGCCGCAUCCCAACUGCAGAAAGGUAAACCACGAAACGAGGGCUGCAAGACUAAAAGAAAAAGAAAGUCGGGCAAUCCCGACUAGUACUUCCGCUGCGUGCAUGGCAAGCCCGUGGAGUUCGAGUGCAAAGAGGGCACGGCUUUUCACACUGUGCUCAACGUUUGCGAUUGGAUUGAGAACAGCGAUCGGUACUAUUGCACCCGCAUGAAGAACAAGGAUAAUGGAAACGAGACCCGCUAGAUCGGAAUUUGCAGAAUUUUUAUAAACUAUAUAAAAGUCAUUUGAUAUGUUAGUUAAGGUGACUAUUUUAAGCGCUCAGCGAGAGCGAGGCGUAGGUCUUAGGCUUCAAGUAUUGAUUAUAUAAUAAUAAUAUAAAACUCA